AUGGUGGACAGGCAUGGCGUGAGGUCGGACCCGGAAGCAGUGGAGACUGUGUUGACAUGGAAGGCUCCCAGAACGGACACAAAACUCAUGAGCUUCCUUGGGUUUGCCAAAUAUUACCGUGAGUUCAUAAAGGGAUAUGCAGACAAGGUGUAUCCCAUGCAGAAACUGAUGCGCAACAAAAGAAAGAAGUUCGAAUGGAACGAAGAAGCUCACGCUGCCUUCGAGAACUUAAAGCGGGAACUGUGCGAAGCGCCAGUGCUAGGCAUGCCUACAGAGAAAUGCAUGUGUUUUCUUGAUACGGAUGCAUCAGUUUUGGCCAUCUCAGGAAUACUGCUUUAG